AUGGACGCUCAUGUUAUGUUGGUGUGUUGUUACCGCGAUAUGAACGCCACCAUCAAGUUCCAAUUUUCAUUUCGAUUUGAUGAUUUGGUUAAUUGUGUUUGUCAAAAUUUUGAUGGUCUUACACAUGCUGAUGUAUGUUUCUUUUUCAAGAUUCCGGGAUACAGCUGUUUCAAAUUACAAAAUGAUGUCGAUAUGGAAAAUAUGGUAUCCCUUGCACGGUCUUUCCGUUUAAGACAUAUUGACAUCGUCAUUGAAACUCUAGUCACCCAAAGUUCAAACAGUAUUGGCAACCCAAAUCGGAAACCACGUAAUGUUAUAUUCAGUUCGCUGGGGGAAGGAUAUGAGUCGGACGAUGAUGAUGAACAAAAUGAUUUACUCCCCAAAUUUUGUCCUCGUGUUGACAAAGUUUUCAUGUCCGCUCCAUGGGCUAAUGGCAUCACACAUGUGGGUCAAAGUUUUGAGGAUGGGGCUGCUAAAUUUCGUAAUGUUCUUCGUAAGUAUGCGGUUGAAUGUGGAUUCCGAUUCAAGUAUGUGAAGAAUGACUCCGUUCGGAUUAUAGCUGUGUGCAUGAUGAGGGAAUCAAAAGGAUACAUGUGGUCUAUACACGCACGAGUUCUGCAUGCUGAUGAGUUCUUUUACAUUCAUAAGUGGAAUAUAGAGCACAGUUGCAGUGUUGCCAUUCGGACACCAAAAAACCUGAGGGCUGGGUCUGAUUUAGUGUCCGAUGUUAUCUCUGAACUAGUACAUGACAAACCGCUCACACGACCGUCUGAUGUUGUUUAUAACUUGAAGAAAGAUUAUGGAUUAGAGAUAAGCUACCGAGUAGCAUGGUUGGACGUUAAGAAAGCAAGGGGCGAGAUGUUCGGUGCACAUUCCAUUUCAUUCGAUCAAUUACGGUGGUAUAGUAAUUCUGUUAUGGAAAACAAUCCAGGCAGUUACAUUAACAUUGACUAUAAUGACCAAAAUCACCGGUUUAAACGAUAUUUCAUAUCAUUCAAAGCAUGCAUCGAUGGUUUCAAUCAUUGUCGCCCUUUACUAUUCCUGGAUGGUACCUUCUUGAAGGGGAAAUUCAAAGGCAACUUGCUAGAUGCUACUUCAAAGGAUAUCAAUCAAGGCUUAUUCCUAUUGGCAAUUGCAAUUGUCGAUUCGGAGAACACAACUAAUUGGGCUUGGUUUUUGGAACACCUUGUGAAUGUGGUCAAAACGGACAAGACAAUCACAUUCAUUUCAGACCGACACACAGGUGUACUCGAAUCUAUUCCAACCACAUUUCCAUAUGCCCACCAAGCGUUUUGCUUGCAACAUUUGCAAUGGAACUUGCAAGACAAGAUACGAUACACCAACAAGAUGCACCGUGUCGACUUGCUAAGUAGAUUUCGUGAAUGCGCUUACGCAUCGACCAUAACAACAUUCAAUUCCAGCAUAGAAAGGUUUAAGAUAUCGGGCCGACAAGUUGCAACGGCUUUUCUGGGUGACCGAUAUGGCGAGAUUUGUUCCAACGUUGCUGAGUCAUUCAACUCAUGGAUUCGUGAGGCACUCCACCUCCCAAUCACACAGAUGGUUGACAGCAUUAGAAUGAAAAUUAUGGAUCAAAUGUCAAAACGCCAACGUAAGUGGCAGAUUAAACGGUUUCCAUAUGCACACGCGAUGGUUGCAAUCCGUAACAGCAGACGAGAUUUGAAUGACUUGGUUGAACCAUAUUACCAUAUGUCCAAAUAUCGUUCCAUAUAUGCUUCAAGCAUAACUCCAAUACUGACUGUUGAGAAACCACCGUUCAACACUGAAGAUUUCAUCAUACACCCACCAAUUAUGAAACGACCACCAGGGAGGCCAAAGAAAAAAUGA